AAACAGAGAAACAAAGCUUCAGCUUUGCCAGCCGAAGAAUUCUCUAAAGAAAAGAAAUUUAAAUAAGGAAAAUGUGUAGCACUUGCCGGAAUUAUUUGAAGCAGCGCAACAGACAGAAAAAGCCGCGAUUCAAUGCAAAGCGCAGUCAUCCCAAUUGGCAGCUGCCACGGAUGCCGAUAUCCGAGCUGAAGUUCAAAUUGACUCUGGCUUCAUUCUUCGAGCGCUUUUGGCGUCUGCCCGAGCUGGCCUAUGUGGUAAUGCAGCCCGUACGCUAUGUGCGCAAGUUGCUCCAGGAGAUGGCUGACUAUAGGCGAGAACCGCCCCAUCGCGGCUAUUGGGCCUUCAAGCCAGAGUUCUGCAUGAUGCUGUACUUACCCACGCAAUAAAGGCGGCGUAAUAAAAAACAAAUCUCGAAUGGAAUGCUGAACAUAAUUUAACCAAAUAGCAAUAACCAAAAGCAACGCCAAAAUCAGCUGCAGGCACAACAACAGCAAAAACAACAACAGCAGCAACAACAAUAACAACAGCAGCAACAACAUUCGUGAGAGGUGAGGGGAGUGCUCAUAAAA